AUGAAUGGAAAGAAACGCCCGUUAAAUAGUCCUCAGGGCAUUCCCUUAACAAGGUAUACUACCGAUAUAAUUGCAUUUUGUUUUGUGGUGGGUACCGAAGUUCAGAGCUCCUUUCAAGUUGAAGGCCAGGCAGGAACGAGUAUUUCAAAACUAAGGGAAGUGGAUAUUCCUGAUUAUGCAGAAAACGAUAAAUUCGUUAAACUGAGAACACUUGAAAACAGAUCUUAUAAUGAAAAUACUAUUAUACAAGAGCUCGAAGGACAAGAGUUAACUCCAUUUGAUGAUUUUGGUGACAUUUUUGCGUAUAUCAUGGAUGCUGUUAAUAUUGCCUUAAAGAAGGCUAUUAAUAUCGAUAUUGUUAGUCCUGACGAUAAAAUGCCUUUUAUGGAGCGUGACACCGAUCGGGCAAUUUCAAGGAUUAUAAAAAAUGUUAGGAAUCAUCUUAAAGGUUCUAAGUCUAAAGCAGAUUUUGAUAUCCUUGUCAGUGGUGGGGCUCCUGGAAUAGUUAACGAAAGGAAAAUGCCAGUAAAACAUCUCUUUAAGGAAAUAAUCAACGGCCUUGCAUCGUUCAUGCUUGGUCCACCCUCCCGUAUCUAUGUCCAGACAUUUCUUUCUGGAACAGCACCACAAGUUGUUAUCUCUGCGAAAGAAUCAUCAAGGGUUUCAUUUGGAUUCGUCAAUUGCCCACAACUGUCGUUCAGAGCACUGCUUAAUAUUACAAAUCAUUAUGCACAAAAAUACGAUGCUGAAAAAUUCGGCUGUGUCGAUGGAAAGAAAUUCUUCGAUGAUAUUUAUCAACAGCACUUUAAUAUCAUCUUUUAUAAUGUCAAACACCUUCUCCAAGAACGCUACAACAUAUACGAAACCAUCUCCAAGAAUGAAAAACUUGCUUUAGAGCUUCUUUUUCACAGUAUUGAUGCAAUUCCUGUUCAUCGCAAGACAUGCCUGGAUCCAAGUGAUCAGGACUGUACGAUCGAAAACCUCGAGCGUGACGCACAUAUCAUUCUCAAUCCCUGCAAUGCCACUUCCUCUGAAUUUACCAUCAAGAUGCCUUUCUUUUUUAUUUGCUUAUACAAUGAUAAAUUAAAAAUUAUAGACUUCAAUCUUGAAGAGACACUCCGGGUGCAAAACACUAUGCAUUGGCAAGAUUGGGAACUUUUUGUGGCAUACUACGAGGCAUUCCGCACCAACUUGCUAGUAAAAUGUGGAAAGCAUACAGUACAUCUGGGGGAGUUAUAUCGUGGCGCCUAUGGGAUCGAGCUGGUCAGGAAUUUUGAGGUUAGGCUGAAGAAACUUUCUGUCCGCCGAGCACAAGAGCAGUUCCCAUGUUCAAAGUUAACAGAAAAAGAUUCUGCAAAGUCCAUUCCCUGGGAGGAAGGCGAAGAUGUGAUUGUCAAUGGUGUAUCUGCUAAAUGGGGAGAUUCAUUCAGAGUUUUGGAAACAGUUCAAGGUGAUCGUUUCUUAAGUAUUCACCAAGCCAAAUAUGACUAUAACUCGGUCACAUACACUUUAAAAGAUCUUCUCAAUGAACAUAUUAAGAAUUGGGAGAGUUCCGCUUUUAACACUACAAACCAGCUUUUCGAUAAACUUGCCAAUUACCGUCUCAUAACGAUUUACUUUGGUCCUGUAUUUUCCUCUCGUGCUACAUUUGCCUUGGUAAAAAACAUCAAUCCUAACUUUUCGGAACCACAAAAGAUGCAUAACCGGGCUAAACGAGGAAAGGAGAAGUAUGGGCAUGAGAAUCCCGAAAAGAAACGCAAACUUGACUUCUACCCAUUUAAUGUGUAA